AUGCAGUCGCUGGAACAGGCACAAUUGGGUCAGCUGGACCCGGCGCUCAAGACACAUCAUGGCUCAUUGGAUCGCCUCUUGCAGCAGCAGGAAAAGCAGCUGCAAUUAGCGCCACAACAACAACACCAACAAUUACAACAACGACCCAGCGCCUCAGCCGUACAUUCGAUGGGCGGCGUCAUUGAUGGUGGCGGUUCAGGCGCGCUGCUCGGCUCUGCCGAUUCGGAUGGUGACGGCGAUGAUGAGAAGGAGCCUGAGUUGCCGCCGCGUCCACCCUCACGCAUAAAAUCGCAAACACACGUGCGUCACAUAAAGGAGGAAUUCGACCGCGGCGUGGAAGUGGAGAAGUUCUAUCACCAAAUCAAUGGCGAUAUUUUUGAGAUCACGCGGCGUGUGCGCGCACGUGAUGAGGACACCAUCGAACAAAAAGURAUCAAGCGUAAAGGUUCGGUGCGCUUACCACCGGAGCCACCGCCACGACAAGCUUCGGCUGCGGCGUCAGCAGCAGCAGGAGCGCCCCCGCAGGUUUAUCGCGCGCAUGGGCACGGUCAUGUGCAUCAGCAUCAUGUGCACCGUCAUGGCGCGGAGAGUGGCAAACCGCAGUUGCCACCGCGCCGCCAGAAGAGCGCUGAGGAGGUGCCGGUCUCGAAGAGUACAACGCGCGCACCUGAAGAAUURGAAUGGUUUGAUCGUAAAGCGCAACAGAGACAUUCGGCACGUUCGGCUGAAAGUGGUGCGGUGCGCGAAGAGACCAUCGAGUGGUUGGCGCGUCAAAGAGGGCCGGUGCGUACGUCCUCUGGUCCUAGUGAGAUUACCGUAAUGAAGGAUGAGGUGCCCGAUUGGCUCUUAGAGCAUUUGCCACGCAAACGUUCCAUGGCCGAACGGCCAACUGAAUCGAAGACGAGCGCUGCUUCCUAUGCCAAGGCGCUGAAGGAGGAAUUGGCUGAACUGCUGAAGAAGCCAUUAUCAAGACAGAGCUCUGCUCAACAUAGCGAGUUUUCGUUGCUCAAAACCGACAUUGUUGAGUGGCUAACGAAACUGCAAACGUCGUCACGCAGCUCGGCGCGUGAGGAAGCGCCACCGCCGAAAACGCGUCGCGCACAUCAUCGACGCAACGGCAGCGGCGAUACGCAACGUUCGCAUUCGCAGGAGGAUGCCACUGUCGCACAACAGGCGGCGCGCAAGCGGCACUCGUUGGGUCACAGUGAUCGCAGCGAGGAAGAGAUGCUCGAUUGGAUUGCGUAUCCGCUGAAUAGGCUGCAAUCGUUAGGCAAGMCACCGACAAUGCAACAGGUGCCGACGAUGGAUCGACGUCAGCCAUUCGUCGAGUUGCAUCACAAGCCGUCAGUACCGACGCUGCAGUCACAGUUACACCAACAACCGCCUAUAUGUGCAGAACGCGAGCGGCGAUCACAUGAACGUUCGCGCGAACGUAAGCUGCGACAUUCCGCUAGUGAAGUUGUGACUGCGCCCACCACCUCGGCCGCAGCGCAAAGCCAAUUAGAGCGUUUGUAUGCCAAACCGCACAAAGAACGUUAUCAGUAUGUGCCUAAGGAUGCCAAGGAUAUAAUGUUGCCUCCCAAGGAGAGCGCUAUGACCACUGCCGCCAACAGCUCUACUGUACGCGAAUCGAAGCGUGAACGUUCGCGUCGCCAUCAAACACAACGUUCGGCUACCGUUUCMGACAUGUCCGGUCAUCACAACGGCGGCCUUAAACGCAAAUCGUCAUCGGCCGAACGUGCGCCGCGUUCGCCAUCGCCUUGCAAUGAUCCCGCCUGUCGUUUGCUCCCCAUUUGCACUGAUCCCCACUGCCGUUUCCUCGAAUGUCAAACAAUAGAACGCGGCGCCGGCAUGACAACAGUAACCACAUCGGCGUCAACGAUCAACCUCGCACGUCAUCAACAAGUGGCGCGCGCACAAAUGCACACAGUGCCUGCACACAUAACGUCGGAUGACACACCAACGCCGCCACCACCACCGCCUCCUACGUCACAACAACAGCAACAACAACAGAUGCARCAAUUCCAAUCGGCACCACAGCGACGCCUCGUCAUUUGCCACGAGUGUCGUUCGUGUGCKCCGUUACUCACCUGCCAGAAUCGUAAAUGCUUCAAUGCCGCCAAAUGCAACUCACUGCCCCGCAGCGCAGCGGAUUUCAAUCGACUGCGCACCACACUCGCUCAGCCGCCGACAACGCUCGACGACAUCGAACCGGCGCCGGAGACGCCAUCACCACAAAUGCCCCGUCAUCCCGGCAUGCAAUAUCGCAGCAACUCUCAGCCGAAUACGCUGCAACGUGGUGACUCAGCUGCCGCCUUAUGGCAACAGGACGGCAUGGGCGCGGUGGGGAGCGGUCCUAUGCUGACUACCGGUAUACCAACGCAUACCAUUUUGUCGAGCUCACAACCACCGCUGCCGCCUUCAUCACUACACAUCACGCACGCGGCCAAUGGUCGUCACUACUAUAACGGUCGCAACGGUAACGGUGUGUCACAUUUGAAUGGCACCAACGGUAAGCUUAUGAAGUCCGCAUCGGCGGCAUCGUUAAAUUCGCGUCGACGUCGUCACAAAACGGUGCAUUUCGGUGAGAAUUURCUACGCGAAGUCUGUCAAAAUCGUAAACUAAUCAAAACUGAACAAGUUCCGUCCGGUUCGGCGCCGAUGAAGGCCAACAUCCAGAUGCUGUACAAUUUCGUUGAGGGUGUGUUGAGCGCGUGGGUGGACGACGACGAGGAACAGGUGCGUUCCGGUGCCGAAUCAGAGCCCGAACAGGGCACAAUGGCAUUGAAACCGAUUUACCGUUGUAAUCGACUGCGCUAUCAGUGCAUCAAACGUAUCGUCGAGGAGGCGGCAGAGCUGCAUGGCACGCUGAAGUUGGGCAAUUCGCGUUAUCGCCACAGACAUUGGCGCAGCACCGCCAAGCAAUGCAACGAAAUGUUUCUGCGAAAGAUAUCUGAUGAUGAUCGAAUGAGCUUAACUACAGCCGUAUCUGAUGAAGAUGAUGGCGAAAGUGUCAUGGCGUCACCAUAUAAAGCAAAGGCAACUGGAACUGCUGCUUCCUCAUUCAACUGUACUGGCGCUGUACGCAAAGCCGGUUUCUUAUCGGUGAAAAAAUGGCUACUCCGCAAAAAGCAUCAAAUCGAAUUGGCACGCAAACGAGGCUGGAAAGGCUAUUGGGUUUGCCUCAAAGGCACCACACUACUCUUCUAUCCGUGCGAUUCACGCGAGGGUCGUAGCGUUGAAGCGGCACCAAAGCAUUUAAUUAUUGUUGAUGGUGCGAUUAUGCAACCAAUACCGGAGCAUCCCAAACGUGAUUAUAUAUUCUGUUUGAGUACAGCAUUCGGUGAUGCGUAUCUCUUCCAGGCGCCAUGUCAGGUUGAAUUAGAAAACUGGGUAAACAGUAUUCACAGCGCCUGCGCUGCGGCAUUUGCACGACACCGUGGCAAAACAGGCACUUUGCAUUUGCUACAAGAAGAGAUUUUCCGCUUGGAGAAAGCCAUCGAAUCGGAUCACAAGCUGAAGCACAUGGCUGAGCUGCAGCAAUCCGUUGUCACCGACCAGGAUACGCGCCAUCAAAUACAAACACAAAUCCUACAAUGGGAAGAGAAUUUGGAGCGUCUACAUUGCGAACAGUUCCGCUUGCGUUGCUACAUGGCGUCGCUGCAGAGCGGCGAAUUGCCAAAUCCAAAAUCCUUGCUCACACACGUCUCACGGCCAACUAAGAACACUUUGAAUAAAUUGGGCGUCUUCACUGUAUCCUCAUUUCAUGCAUUCAUAUGUGCUCGUUCGCCAUCUUUGCUGAAUAAUUUACUGGCCGGACGUGGUGCCACCAARCGUCGACCACCGAUGCUCUCGCGCUCGAAUAGCGGUUCCAGUCGACGUUCAAUGCAGAUGAAUUCACGUGACGAACCGGAAAAAACCUUCAAAGUUGCCAUGCCUGACAAUGCUUACGCCACGGUUUAUCUACGUGACGCCAUGUCGGUGGAGGAAUUUUUGGCCAGCGCCUGUGCUCGUCGCAAUCUCAAUCCGAUGGAGCAUUUCGUACGUGUGAAGAAGCGACGUGACAUGGAGGAUCACAACUACUUUGUGCCACAUCGCAAUGAUUUGAUUGAAAAUUACUUGCAUAAUCACGAAUUCGUCGAGGUCUGCAUGAAGAUACUCUAUCAAGUGGAAUUACAUCGCACCACACUCGAGCAAAUGUGGGGCUUCUCUGUCGAAGCGGAACUGAUCGAGAAUGCCGAACGGCAGGAUGAACUCUGCUGCUAUGUCAGCCGAGUGGAGGACAAGAGUGUUGCCAUGCAGAACGGUAUUAUCAAGGGAGACGAAAUAAUGGUGAUCAACGCUGCAAUUGUAUCCGACUUGGAUAUGAUGUAUUUGGAGAGUGUGUUGCAAGAGGAGCAAUCACUAUGCAUGAUGAUGCGCUCAUCACGCACUGAGCCACCAGAUCUAGUUGGCAUUAUGCGCGUCACUGAUGACAUGAUUGAUUCAUUGGUUUGUCCACCGCCACCAUCAGAUCCGCCCGUAAUGAGCGAGGAGAUGAUAUCCGGUUUAAUCGUGCCGGCGCCAGGUUGGAAUGGCACCGGUAAAGAUUUAUAUUCACCUGAGGCCGAAAGCUCACCGGCACCAUCAUCCGUUGAACCGACACCAGCACAAAUGGUCGCUGCCGCCACCAAGCCGACCUCACGUACAAGCAGUUUCGAAAUUGAGAAUCUUCUCAAGACCGCAGAGCAGGUUACCGGAUUUUGUCGUUCACCUCAGGAAACCCGUAAAUCCAGCCCGACUGGUUCUGUCACAUCGUCAGUCUCGAAUGCCGCACUGACACCGUCACGUCAACUCACCGAUGCUGAGAAAUUGCGCAAGGUCAUUUUGGAGUUGGUCGACACGGAACGUACUUAUGUUAAGCAUUUAAACAAUCUGUUGGAGCACUAUUUGGAGCCGAUGAAACGCGAAACAUUCCUAUCGAAUGCCGAAAUUAAUGCACUCUUUGGUAACAUUCACGAAAUUGUCACAUUCCAAAGGCAAUUUUUGCAGAAUCUCGAAGAAGCGUUGGAAUUGGAGCCAGACUUUCAUAAGUUCGAGCAUUCUAGUCAGUUUCGGAAUGUGCUCUUUGCGAUCGGUUCGGCUUUCUUGUACUACGUCAACCAUUUCAAGCUGUACUCAUCAUUUUGUGCUAGUCACAGCAAGGCACAGAAGGUUUUGCAUCCAAAUGAAGGUAAUCACGCACUACAGGAAUUCCUUGCCGCACGCAAUCCGAAGCAGCAGCACAGCAGCACAUUGGAAUCGUACUUAAUCAAGCCGAUACAGCGCAUCCUCAAGUACCCGCUGCUGCUGCAACAGUUGCGCAAUUUAACCGAUUCUCGAGCCGAUGAACACUUGCACUUGUGCGAGGCACUCAAGGGCAUGGAGAAGGUAGCCGAGCAUAUCAAUGAAAUGCAACGAAUCCACGAGGAAUAUGGUGCUAUAUUCGAUCAUUUAUUCCGACAACAUCAGAAGUCAUGCAAACAGCCCAUCGAUUUGAGUCCAGGUGAUCUGCUUUAUUAUGGCGGCGUUGAGUGGCUUAAUAUAUCCGAUUUCCUUGGUAAAAUUAAGAAGGGUCUGGAGUUGCACGCCAUGUGCUUCGUUUUUAAAUCAGCGGUUGUGUUCCUUUGCAAAGAACGUUUGCGUCAAAAGAAGAAACUUAUGGGUGUUUCGAGUAAAAACGCACCCAACGAAGUGGAAAUCAUACGCUAUCAAGUGCUCAUACCCGUCACCGAGGUACAGGUGCGCGCCUCUUCCGCCAAAGAUAUGGACUCACACUUCCUAUGGGAAUUGAUACAUUUACGCUCGCAACUACAACGUCGCUCGGAGAAGGUUUACGUACUCUCGAACAGCACGGCCGAUUUUCGUAAUGCAUUCCUCAAGACUAUACGACAAAUCAUACGCGAAAGUGUACGCAACAUGUCCAUACCGAUGAAAGGUUUCGGCAGUAGCGGUUCGGUUUCGGGCAUCUCAUCACAGGGUGGCGGUUCGGGCAGUUCGCAAACGCUCGAGCGACCAAAGCAACAGAUAACAAUCAUACAAGGCUCACAGACAUUGGGUAAACCCAAGAAGAAGUCCGGUUCGCAGCGUCAUUCGGCCGGCAAUAUCGACUAUGAUAAUCUAUCUUGCAGCCAAGAGGCCGACGAUGUGCCCAUGCUGCAUCAUCAGCAUCAGCAACAACAACUACAACCGAGUGGUUUCCGUGGACGUAGCAAGACUGUGGGCGAUGCUACAGAACUAAUAUCCUCCUCCAUAGACCCACAGCAGCAGCAGCAACAACAUCAAAAGCUUAUGCAACACCAUCAACAACAACAAAUGCAUCAUCAUCAUCAGCAAAUGCAUCAAAGCGAUAUUGAACGCAUGGAUCCGGGCACUAAAUCCGAAGGCGAAGAGGACUCCCAGCAGGGCACAAUCAAAGCGAAAGCUACGCUGGGUCGUACACCCAAUCACUUGACAUUGAGCACCACAUCAACCCUCUCGGUUGGCAGCACUGGUAGUCAAGCGCGUUUGAUACAAUCAUCUCAUCCGCCAUCGAGCUAUCAGCCAGUUCUUAUGAAAGAUUUAGGGUCCCCGGUGUGGAAACCACGAGACAUGAUUAAUUUAGGCGAUGCACAGUCGACAACGCGCAAAGACGAUGCGAACAAAUAAAGCAAGACAAGAACAAAAUGAACAAAAUUGAAAAUAUGAACAAAAAUUUCAAUUUUAAACACAAAACGUAACCCACAAAUAUGCAAAAAUACAUAGUCUAUUUAUCAACUAAAAAACAUAAAAGCUGAAAACAAAAAACCAACAAACCGAAUGUGAACUAAUUUAGCAAUUAGAACCAAUAGCUGAAAUCUGAUCAGAAGUGCAAACAUACACAAAGAUUGUAACUCAAAAUUAACACAAGCGAUAACUACUAUUGUACUAUGUACUCAAACAUAUUGUAAUUGCUGAAAUCGAGACGAAGAUGUGGACAAAAAACUCAAAAUAUUCGAAAAUAAU